ACGUCACGGGGAAUUUCCAGUGGGGAAGGAAAUCAACUUCAUGAACUGAGACCAAACUUCACCUGUAGGACUUUAGCGUCUCGUUCUGGGAAUUAAAUAUCAAUUUAUUCACUCGGAUUGAAAUUAUUUUCAACUGUAAUGACGCCGUAGUGUCGCGUCAUGACGCUCUCCAAUUAAACCUGGCUGUUGUAAAUGGAUCCACUGGUUUAGCACGAGCAUGGCGAAAUGAAGUGCAAAAGUCAACUGAAGUGAAGUGGACCGAGCAGUGUCACUCAUCCGACUGUUAACCUGACCAGCUAACCAGACACCAUGGCUGGAGACGACCACUACCUCCAUACCUCCAACCAGAUUUUCGACAUGAUCGAUCCGUCGUGGGAGUUCACACCGUUCCCCGCGAUGUCUCAGACCACGUCCCUGCGGACAGUUGACGGACCGUACCUGCAGAUUAUGGAGCAGCCCAAACAGCGUGGCUUCAGGUUCAGGUACGGCUGUGAAGGUCCGUCUCACGGCGGUCUGCCAGGAGCCUCCAGCGAGAAGAACAGGAAGACGUACCCCGCCGUCAAGAUCAUGAACUACCAGGGUCCGGCCCGGGUGGUGGUCCAGCUGGUGACAGCGCUGACCCCCCAUCCUCACCUCCACGCUCACAGCCUGGUGGGGAAACAGUGCGACAAAGGCGUCUGCGUUACGGACCUGCAGCCCAAAGACUCCAACAUCAGUUUUCCUAACCUGGGCAUCCUCCACGUGACCAAGAAGAACGUAGUCAAGACUCUGGACGAGAGGAUGGUCGAGGCCUUCAGGCUCGGCUACAACUGUGGAGUCUCCAUCCACCCCGACAUCGACGCCCUGCAGGGGGAAGUCCGAGUCCCCCGAGAACUCACCGACCACCAGCGCAAUGUGAUCAGCAGCGCAGCGGCCCUGCAGGCUAAAGAAAUGGACCUCAGCGUGGUUCGGCUCAUGUUCACGGCGUUCCUCCCCGACAGCGACGGAGGUUUCUCUAGACGACUCGAGCCCGUCGUGUCUGAACCCAUCUACGACAGCAAGGCUCCAAACGCCUCCAACCUGAAGAUCGUGAGGAUGGAUCGCACCGCCGGCUGCGUGAGCGGAGGAGAGGAGGUCUACCUGCUCUGUGACAAAGUCCAGAAAGAUGAUAUCCAGGUUCGGUUCUAUGAAGAAGAUGACUCUGGGUUGACCUGGGAGGCUCUGGGAGAUUUCUCCCCCACAGACGUCCACAGACAGUUCGCCAUCGUGUUCAAGACUCCGAAGUACCGAGACCUGAACCUGCAGAAGCCGACGUCCGUGUUCGUCCAGCUGAAGAGAAAGUCUGACAACGAGACCAGCGAGCCCAAACCCUUCACCUACCACCCUCAGAUCAUCGACAAGGAGGAGGUGCAGAGGAAGAGACAGAAGACGUUGCCAAACUUCCAGGACUUCAGCGGUCACGGAGGAGGUGGAGGUGUGUACCGCGGAGGAGGAGGAGGAGGCCCAGCUGCAGGGGGAGGAGGACCCGGCUCUGCAGGAGGAGGAGGUUACUUCCAGGGCUUCACUACCUACAACUAUGGAGGAGCAGGAGGAGUAGGAGGAGGUGGAGGCUUCUCUACAGGAUACUCAGCUGGUCUGGGAGGAGGAGGAGGAGGAGGCAUCAAACACGCGUCUGAGGGCGACGAAGCUGACGACAGCGAUCCUGACGAUGACUCGGGGUCGGGGGUCGUGCUGAGAGCUUCUGCCCAGCCGGGAGGCCUCGAGGCGGGGGACACGACUGAGGAUGGAGGGGUCUGUGUGGACGAGCCAGAAGCACACGGAGAUGAGCGGUUGGUGGAGGCGACCAGCCGACAGUUGGAGGCUCUGUUUCAGUACUCUGUCACCGGAGACUCGGCGUACCUGCUGGCUGCACAGCGCCCCCUGAUGGCCGCGCAGGACGAGGACGGAGACACUGGGCUCCAUCUGGCGGUCCUCCACAGCCAGCAGGAGGCGCUGAAGAGUCUGACUCAGGUGGUCUCUGCUCUGCCUGGAGAGGAGGUGCUCAACAUGAGGAACCACCUCUACCAGACUCCUUUGCACCUUGCUGUGAUCACCCAGCAGAGGGAGGCGUUGGAAGCGCUGCUGUUGGCCGGCGCCGACCCAACUCUGACGGAUCGUCAUGGCAACACGGCGCUCCACCUGGCGUCCCAGCUGGAAGGAGGAGGAGGGAUGGUCCGGGUUUUACUGCAGCACAGAGGGACGAGAGAGCUGCUGGACCACACCAACACAGCCGGUCUGUGUGCGAUCCACCUGGCGGUCCUGUCCAAUCAGCUGUCUUCUCUCAGGGAGCUGCUGGAGGGCGGGGCUAACGUGGAGGCCCAGGAGCGCAGCUGUGGGCGAACCGCUCUCCACCUCGCCACCGAAGCCGACAACGUGUCGCUGGCCGGCUGCCUGCUGCUGGAGGGUAACGCCAAGGUGGACAGCUUCACCUUUAACUGCUCCACCCCCCUCCACAUCGCUGCAGGGCGGUGCUCCGUCAAACUGACCGCUCUCCUGAUGGCUGCAGGUGCAGACCCUCAGAAGGAGAACUUUGAGCCGCUCUUCUUCAGGGAGGACGACUGCUGUGAUGAAGAGAGGGAGGAGGAGGAGGAUGAAGAUGAAGGCUACAUCCCAGGAACCACUCCUCUCAACAUGGCCACCAACACUCAGGUGUUGGAGCUUCUGAAUGGUAAAGAGUAUAAACCAAAAUCUCCUCAUAAAGCCUUCACCCCUCCUCAAGGCGACCUGGCGAGCUUGGACGUGGAGGUGAAGCAGCAGGUGUGUCGCGCUGUAGAGAGUGAAGGAUGCUGGGAGAAUCUGGCUCACAGUCUGGGUCUCGGGAUCCUCAACACGGCCUUCAGGCUGAGCCCCUCCCCCGCCAAAACACUGCUGGACAGCUACGAGGUUUCAGGCGGGACGGUCCGGGAUCUGUUGGCUGGUCUGAAGUCGGUCGGUGAGUGCAGAGCGCUGAGCGUCCUGGAGGAGGCGCUGUGUUACCACGGCGACGAGGAAGCACAGAUGAUGGAGGAGACGAGCGGCGAGUCUCCGGUUCAGGAUCUGAAGGCGGACGUUCGGCUCGACAGCGGGGUCUGUGACAGCGGCGUGGAGCUUUCCACAGCGUGAACGCCUCAUUGGCCCGUCUCCAUUUAGGUUUGACAAAAAAAACAAAAAAAAAAACACACAAUCCAUCCAUCCAUCCGCCGAUUGGUUAAUCGAUGGCUCCAGUUUUCCAGGCUGAGUGGUUUUCAUCACAAACAUUUUAACUUGUUUUUAAUUAAAUGUGUUUUUUUUU